CUUAGUGGUAUUGGGUGUUAGUAUAAUUAUCAAUUUCAAAUAAGAAAAUGGAUAGUUCGUUAACUUUUCAAUUUAUUGUUUGAUUUAUCAUGCAAUUACAACAUACCUUAAUGGUUAUUUUAAAAGCUUGUUUAGUUGCAUUUUUUGUUCUUGGCAUUCAUGGGCUCAUGCUACUCCUGUAAAGCUAGCAGUGUAAACCAUAGUUACCAGUACACUACCGUGUCCAUGGAACCAGCAAAAUAUGAGGACUCCUUGAAGCCUGUGAGACCUAUUCCUUAUGUUAGGAGUACAUCAGAAUCUUCAUUUGGUUCAUUAUUUAAAAAGGGCAAUUCUAGCUCUAGUAGACUCCCACAACCUUGGAAAAGAAAUGAAAUUGCCAGUUUCCAAAAAGAUUCAUUGCUGAACAAUCCAAAGAAUUUGCCUUGUCGUUCUAAACAAUAUUCUUUCUUUGAAAAUUCUUCUGGAGCUCUUGGAAACAAUAGAUUUUCACUGUCAUCAGGCACUUCAGCUUCUAAUAAGUCUAGCAUACCUCAAUCUGAGCAAGAUUGCUCAGGUAAUUUAGUAUCAUAUCCUGAUAGUAAUUUACUUCAGAAACAUUCCAUUAAUCCUGUCAACAAUUUGAGCAAUUUUGACACUGUUGAGGUAUCCAGAAAGAAAGAUGCAUGUGAUCCUGUUAUUAAUACAUCAGGCAGUGCAGUUUAUUAUAAACAAGACCGUAUGGUUUCUAACAGUAAGUAUAAACAGCAAACUCAAAGAACAAUGCUACAUUCUCUGGAAAGCCAUGGAAAAUAUUCAUUAGGUGUUUCACCCACUAAACAGGCAGAAAGACAACUUAAUUUAAGAGCUGUUAGCAGAAGUUGCCCCAAUUAUGUUGGUCAGUCAGUUGCCAAAGAAAAUGAAAAGGGUCAAUGUAACAGAAUAAGAGUCCAUUCCUUUCAAAAACCAACAAAGCUGACAGCUCAUAUUACCGGUUUACCUCAACCUCAGGUGCCUCAAUUUCUUGGGCAUCGACCACAAAUGGAUUUGUAUGGGGACCAAAUACGUACUAAAUCUCAUGAAUCAUCAAGUGGUGAUAUAGUCAAAACUACUUGUACUACAUGCACAACAUUACAAAAUAAAAACAACAACAAAAUUCAGUUGUCUUCAUCAAAGUCCUCCAAAAUAUCCAAGCAACCCUCAGAGUCAAAUGAGGAAGCAGAUAGCAGUUAUAGUAGUGUUAUUAACAAUUUAUUGGAUAAAGAUUCAGGGAUUGGUAAUAGUUUUGCAGAGAGUGAAAACAAAGGUGAUGAUUCAGACACACUGAAAGAUGUUGAACAUUUUGACUCUUUUGAAAGUUCUCCUGUGUCACAAGAUAACAGUAGUAUUGCUUUUAAUUCUGCAGAAACGUCAAAAAUACCAGAGCAUCCCAAAACAGCAGUACAGAAGAGGUUGGAAUUUGUGAAAGAAAGAUCACUGUACCAUAUGAAAAGUCCAUCAGUAAAACAACAGUUUCACUUACAGAAUAACUUUGAUACCAGUUUAUUAACAGAUUCUCCUGGAAAACAAACAAAGUCAAGCAGUGAUGCUGUUUACCCUCAUUCAUAUGGAUCCUAUAGAGGGUUGUUGGCAUACCGUAAAAUUCCUCCUUUAAAACAUUUUCAAGAUGUUCCAGCAUGGAAAAAAAUGUGUGACUCUAGUUUCAACCAGAGAAGAUCCUAUGAACAUUAUUCAACUACAACUCCUAAGGCAGUGAAACAAGUUUUGAAUCAAGAACUUACUAGUAGUGCAGAAAAUCAAAUCAAAAAUAAAAGUCAAAAUGUCAAGGAAAAAGAAGUUAUUUUUAAAUCAUCACCAAGAGGUAGUAAAUAUAAAGACAGUAACUCAAGAUGCUAUCUUAAAGGAUCUAAGAAUAACACUGGUCAGAUCUCUGAUGAUAUUCCUGAUAGCAAGAGCCAGUUAUUAGUUAACUCAAGGUUAGAGACAGAGAACAAGGAUUUUAUCUCUAAUGAUGAAAUAUCUGAUCAACUCAAACCAACACUUUGUGAGGAAGAAAGAACUAAUGAGAAUACUUGUGGCUCCACACUUCAGCAGUCAGUAUCAGAACUACAACAACUCCAAACAGCUAGUACUUUUAAUCAAAUUAGUGAUAAACAUUCAGCUUUGUGUAGAGGCAGCUUGAAGUCAUAUUCAGACAUAGGAUCAUCUUGCUCUAGCCUUGCUUCUGAUGAUCUUAUGCUAGACUUUGAGAAAUCCAUGGAUAACAUCUUUGGAGAAGCAACUAAAGAUGAGGAAUCUCUGCAACAUGCUAUAAUUGAUGAAAUUGAAGAAGAAAAGCAUGAUAAGUUCUCACCUUUAACUAGACCUUGUAUAAAGAGACACAGUUUUACAGAUUUUGAAUCGAGAAGUGUACCAAGAAUGCGUCUUGAACGUAAAGGAUUGCAUGCUAGAGCUGAUGGGCUAUCUAGAAGACCAUCAUCCCUAGAACACUUCAAAGAAUGGAGACAUAGAUCAGUAAGCCUUCCUUUACGGCCCCCUCGCCAGCUUACUAUCACAGAAGGAGAAGAUGGUAGCAUGAGACUGGAUGCAUCUUCCUACAGAGUGUUGUGUCAGGAUUUAAAUAGCAUGAAGACAAUGUUGCUACGGUUAAAGCGAGUACUUCAGGAGUCUGAAACUCUCAACCCCUUUGAGACCUACAGCCAGUUAGCUGUGUUUUACCCUAACUCAUCUACCAGUGAUUCAUCAAUAGUUUAUGCUGCUCCUGCAGAUGGUGGAAAGAUGAAGAAUGAAGCUUCUGAUCUUCCUAUUUUAAUGCAGGAAAAUGCAGACUUGAGGAGACAACUGGUGCUAUUACAACAACAGCUGAAAGAAAGAGACUGUACAAUUCACUUACUCCAACAACAAAUGACUAAGUAUACUACAGUUCCUGGCAGUUCCAGAGGAAAACUUUUAUCCAAUUCUACUACACAAACAGAUAAGCCACGGGACUCAGCCGUCUCUUGCUCUCUUUCUGAAGAGCCUAAUCCAGAUGGUUCCCACUCAGGAUUACUAGUCAGGUAUAUUUGACUGUGCAUGUUUUUCUGAAGAAUUGAAAUUGAGAAUGAAUUGGAUUCAAACUCGUAUCCUUGCUUGCUUGGCAUGUUAUUUAAUCACCUAUGCUUUUGGAUCUUAAAUAUAUAAGAGCUAUAGUUUUCAUUAGUUUUUUAAAAGUUUUGAAACUGGCAGAACACUAGUCUGUAUUAAAUAGCCUUUAAAUUCCAAACCCCCAUUUAAUGGGAUGUGCAUAUAUAAUAUCACUGGGGAAAUGUAGGUUUAACAUUGAAGGAUUAUUAAACAAAUUGGUUCUUAUGAAGAAAUUCUAAUAUGAUGAAAAUACAUGUUUAACUGAA